AAAAACACAUAGCUUUGUCUUUAUUCACAUUUCUUGGCACAAAACUCCAAAGAAUUUGAAUUCAUCAAAUGGCGCCAAAAGCAAUCAAAGUUGGCAUAGUGCUAGUUGUGCUAGCCUUUCUCUGUGCAGUAGCUACGGCUCAAUCCGGCUGUAUGAGUGUGAUCAUCAGCAUGGCAUCGUGCCUCAAUUAUGUGUCGGGAAGUACCCCUACACCGUCUGCUUCGUGCUGCUCUGCACUUGCUAACGUGGUUCAGACUCAGCCCCGGUGCCUUUGUACCAUAGUCAAUGGUGGUGGUGGCUCAUUGGGCGUGAACAUUAACCAAACGCUAGCACUUGGGUUGCCUAGUGCCUGCAAGGUGGAGACUCCGCCAAUUAGUAGGUGUAACGUUGUUAAUGGGCCUACAAUGUCUCCUGUGGGUUCUCCAGAGAGUGCACCACCUGAAUCCGGAGAUGGAAUUCCUUCUGCUCCAACUACCCCAUCUGUAACAGGAUCGAAGACAACUCCUUCAAGCGGCACAACCUCAAACAGAAGCACAAAGAUGAAUGUUCUUGGAGUUUUCACCAAUGUGUUCCUCUUCACCACAGUUUCAUAUGCCUUUGCAGCAUUCAACAAUGUCCUUUGAGUUCAGUGUGCUCACUAAUAUGUGUUUGUGUGUGCAUCUUAAAGCUCUUUAUAAAGUUUUCUAACUGCGUUUGAGAUUUAUGUUUGGUGAGUGGAGUGUUACUUUCUCAGUGUUUGUCUGCAAAAGUUGGUUCAAUACAAUAGUUUGUCCUAUGUUGUUCACUUUAUGAUAUAAAUGGGUAAUGUAAUAAAUGUACUUGAAUCUUUUUUUUUUC